CAUAGAAAAAAAAUCAAAUGUCAAUUGUUUGCCUUUUGGCUGAGCCGUGUUGCGUUAUUUGAUAGCAAAAAAUGCAAAAAUAUUGUGUUGAAUUGACAAAAUUGGCGAUUGUGCUCGCUGAUUCAAAUCGCGUAUGUGCUCAGGUGUCGAAGAAAGAAUAGACCAUAGGUCGUGAGUGAAACAGUAACUGAUAAAUGGCGAAGAAAUAAGUGUUUUACUGUGCUGUGCUUUAUUAGUGGCAAUGGAUCGGAGAUGCUCUCAGUCUGUGCGGACGCUGGUAUUCGACGAUUCUGACUCUGAUCUCCCCAAGAACGGUCAGAAGAAGGAGCUGUCUUCAUCAUUAGGACCGUCGUCGCUCGGUCAGAGCAUUGAAGAAGAUGGCCCCGGCGCGUCGCGCGGCAGCCUGCUGCGCAUGCGCCGCUCCGCGCUCGGCAAGUCCGCGCCCACGCUCUCCAUGCACGCGCAGAAGGAGCAGUGCGUAGUGUCGCGGCGUCCGUCGCGCCUGCCGCCGCCGCCGCCGCACCACCGCCUCUCGCUCGUCGUGGGCGGCGGUCGCUGCAGCUCCCCCGGCACUGGGCCACUGUCGCCAGCGGACGGACCCCGAUGGCCGCACGCUCAUCAUGCCCACCCGCUCCACCAUGCCCUGUUGUCGUCCAGUGUGAAGCGGGGAAAGGAACUAACAAAAGACAUAGACGGGCGGCGGUGGUCGGUGGCGUCGCUACCGUCGUCGGGCUACGGGACCACGCCAGGCAGCUCUAGUCUUUCUUCGCAAUGCUCGUCCCAGGAGCGCCUCCUCGCGGCGCAGGCAGUCUGCGAGCCGCGCGGCUGCCCGCACUGCCAGCAGCACCAGAACUCGCUCAACGGCUCCCAAGGCAGCGGCAUGAACAACUGGGCGUCGCUGUCAGACAGCGGCGGCAGCGGCCCCCGCGCGCCCUCCCCGCGCAGCCCCGCGCGCCGCCUGCGCAGCCGCAGCCUCAGUUCCCCAUCGCGCUCGCCAGGCGGCGCCACGGCGGCGGGCGGCGGCGAGGGCGACGCGGUCACCGCCAUGUCGGCGCUGUUCGCGCACCGCUUCCCGCAGGCGCAGCGGGCCAUGGACGACAAAUUACGCGCCUUGAUCGAGGAGUUGACAGAGUUGGACAAGAAGCCAGACCGACCGCCGAUCGAGCGAUUUGUUCAGCGACAGGUGUUAGAAAUGGCGCGGGACUGUUUACACAAAUCGGAGUCGAAACAAGUGACAAGCAGUUAUUUCUACGACAUGGCGGAUAGUCUCGACCGACUGCUGGCUGAGACCCGCGAGAAAUCCGCCGAGGCCGGCAACCACGUGGCGCCGCUAGUCCUACGUCUAGUGCUAGCCAUGGCGCGGCCGGCCCGCCUGCUCGAGUGUCUCGAGUUCGAUCCCGAGCGGUUCUACCGACUACUGGAGGCGGCUGAGGGUCAUGCGAGGCAUACACAGGGCCUAACGACGGACAUCCCCCAGUACAUAAUCCACAAGCUGGGCUUGUCUCGAGACCCGUUAGCGGAACUCAACGCGCCGCCACCGCCGCCACCGCCACAGAACUUCUCUCCAUCCAAAACGAAAGGCCGUCACUCGCCGCCGGGCGGCGCGGGCGGGGCGCCCCCCUCCGAAAACGACUACCACGUGAUCAAGCUCAUCUCGAACGGGGCGUAUGGAGCGGUCUACCUGGUUAAACACAAGCAGACGCGCCAGAGAUAUGCCAUGAAGAAGAUCAGUAAGAACAACUUAAUGUUAAGAAACCAGGUGGAGCAGGCGUUCGCUGAACGAGACAUACUCAGCUUUGCUGAUAAUCCUUUUGUGGUAACAAUGUACUGCUCGUUCGAGACCAAACGCCACCUCUGUCUCAUCAUGGAGUUCGUGGAAGGCGGCGACUGCGCUACACUACUGCGCGCCGGCCCGCUGCCCCCCGACAUGGCACGACACUACUUCGCCGAGGCUGUCCUAGCCGUGGAGUAUUUGCACUCUUAUGGGAUCGUGCACAGAGACCUCAAGCCCGACAAUUUGCUCAUCACUGCAACUGGCCACAUAAAGCUGACCGACUUUGGACUCAGUAAAAUGGGUCUCAUGUCGUUGGCGACGAAUCUAUACGAAGAGUAUGCGGACCGCGAGGCCAGGCAGUUCUCGGAUAAGCAGGUUUGCGGGACGCCCGAGUACAUCGCGCCCGAGGUCAUAUUGAGACAGGGUUACGGCAAGCCGGUGGACUGGUGGUCGAUGGGCAUCAUCCUGUACGAGUUCCUGGUGGGCUGCGUGCCCUUCUUCGGAGACACUCCCGAGGAGCUGUUCGCGCACACUGUCAACGACGACAUCGAGUGGCCUUCAGAGGACGACUUCCCGAUAGCAGUGGAAGCCCGCACGAUAAUCACGGAGCUGUUGGCGCGCAACCCGCGCGACCGCCUCGGCACCGGCGGCACGCAUCAAGUUAAAGAGCACUUAUACUUCUGUGGUCUGGACUGGAACAACCUACUGCGGAGAAAAGCAGAGUUCAUUCCUCAACUUGAAAACGAUGAAGACACUAGCUACUUCGACAGCCGCUGCGACCGCUACAACCACAGCGAAGUGGAAACGGACGAGGCGGGCGGCUCCGAGGGUACUACUGACGAGGGCGCGGUGUUCGCGGCCUUCAGCAGCACCAGCCCGCAGUGGCGGCGGCAGCGGCACUCCGCCCUGCUGCAGAGCGAGAAGAGCACGGACAGCUGGCCGGGCACGCCCGACAGCGCGGGCCCGCCCACCACGCCCACCGCGCCGCUGCAUCAUCACCCCAAGUGCCCUGUGAUAGGCGCCAGCACAGCCACGUCCACGGCGGAGUCUUCCCAGACGGACUCUGACGACGUGUCGCCGGGCGCGCGCCGCCGCCCCCCGCCCCGGGCUGUCGCGCAUCUAGAGACGUCGCAUAGCCUCACGGAAAAGACAACAGCGGACAAGAAGAAAGAACCCAGCACGACCGUCAGCACGAUAGACAGAAUAGACAAGAUAGACCGAGUAGACAAGAUAGAACGAGUAGACAAGAUAGACAGAGUGGACAGCCGGAGCAAGAUGCCGCCACUGGUCAAGUCGCUGAGGAGAUCUGCGAGUACUUCGGGACUGUCGCUGGUUAUACAUCCUGCGGACGACAGCACGCUAAGCGGCGGCCUGUCGCCGUGCGCCGGCAACACGUCGUCGACGAACUCGUCGCGCGACUCGUCGCCGUGUCGCGACCCGCCCGAGCCCUUCGCGCUCGCCUCGCACUCGUUGAUCCAGAGUUCCAAGCCUCCCAUAGUGGUGCGGCGCGGGCCUCGCGGGUUCGGCUUCACCAUACACACAGUGCGAGUGUACUACGGGGAUACGGAUUACUAUACUAUGCACCAUUUGGUCUCGGCGGUGACGGAGCAGGGCGCGGCGUGGGCAGCAGGCCUGCGCGCCGGCGACCUCAUCACGCAGCUCAACGGGGAGGCAGUGCAGGGGUUGUUGCACACACAGGUGUUAAGGUUGCUGUUAGCCGCGCCCCACGCUACGGUCAGAGCUACUCCGCUGGAUCAGACUACUAUACAGGCGGGCGGCAGACGUCGCAUGGGCGGCGGGCGGCGCGCCUCGGCGCCCCCGCGCCCGCGCCCGCGCCGCCGCUGCUCGCUGUUCCGCCGCAUCUCCAGCAAGAGAGCCUCGCAGGAGAUGCACCAGAUAGUGUCAGGCGCGGCGGCGGCGGCGGAGUGCCCCCCCUCCCCCUCCUCCCCGUGCGGAGACUCCCCCCUCGGUGCCGCGCAUCUGCACCAGCGGCCGUCAUCCCUCCACGGCCUCAAACACAAGCUGGUGGCGGGCUCGGGCUCCACGGAGGUGAGACGGGCGUCGCUGCAACACAUGCCGCUGUCGCCGCUGGCUCGGACGCCGUCGCCGCAGCCGCAUAGUCCUACUGGCUUUCCCAAAAAUCCACGGGAAAACCGUGUGGAGGCGCGUAGCCCCUCCCCGCUCUGCGCCAGAGAUUGUACCAGGCGGGCGUGGGCGCGGCGCGACCCGGCGUCGCCACUGCUGCGACGCGCCUUGUCGCCAGACAGACUGCACCCGCGCUCAGCCGAGAGCAAGUGCUCCAUCUCCCCGCUGUGCUGCGCGGGCACGGCGGCUCGAACCCGCGGGGGCUCCGUGUGGCGCCCCCCCGCGCCCCCCACGCCCCCGCCGCCCUCCGCCGACGACCCCCUGCCGAGGAUAGCCGAGGAGAAGGACUCGCCGACGCACCAUGCUAGGAAUAUCAGUAGAACACCAGGCAAGCAGACCACGCCCUCCAUCUUCACAUCCUCGCCCAAAACCGGCGCGGACAAGGCGAGAGCGAGAGAGAACUUCGACUCGAGCGCCUCCUUCGCGUCUCUCUCUCUCUCCGACGACUCGUAUCCCAUGGCCGACACGUCCACUGAGCUGUCGAAGAUCGAUACUACGCUGGAUCAGAGUGUUGAUAAACUUACAUUAGACGACAGUCGCUCAAGCAUAGACUCCGCUGCGACAUCUGACGAGAAGUCAAAGAAACUGAACAACACACAAGAGUCAACCCAGUCAACAAGCGAGCCCCAAGCGAAAACACGCAAGAAGUCAGACGCAAGCCUCAAAGAUGAAGACUUCAAACGAGACAAGAAGAACAAACAGGAUAAACCAGAACUGAAGAAACAAGACUCGUUCAAAAACAAACCUGAACUCAAGAAACAAGACUCCUUUAAGAAGCUUGAAAAAGCCGAUUCGAAAGAAGAAAAAACGAUGCCCCAAAUACAAGAAGUCAGUCAGAAAGUCGAAGAGAAAUCUGCGAAGUCAGAGACUAAAAUAGAGAGAGUUGGUUCUGUUAAGAAGACAGAGUCUAAACAGGAAAAAGAACAAAAGAAAGCGGAAAAAGCAGAAAGCAAGAGACAGGAGAAGAUUGAGUCCAAGAAAGAAGCUAAUAAGAAGAGUGAAGCUUUGAAGAGACAAGAGUCUGUUGAUGCUUUGAAAUCACCAGAGCCCCAGGAGUCGUCGGAAGGUCGCGUGAAGAACAGCAUGGUCAGCAAACUGCUGGGGGUGAUGGGACGCAAGGGACGCGAUGACGACGACGGCAAACACGCGAAGAAGCAGGACAAAUAUGCCAAGAAAAAGGGAAACCCGCCAGCCAACCCACCUCAGGUACCAGGCAAGCAGCCGGACGCAGGAGCUUCUUCCGACAAGAGCAACGAAAAACCAGACAGCAUCGACGACAAGAAGGCGAGAAAGGGACGGGGUCGCGCCUCCAGCUCAUCUUCUAGCGAGAAGUGAAAGAGACAAACCUAUGUCAAUUGUUCAGAUUAAAACCAUUUCGAAAUUCGAACGCGCCGCCUCGACGCGACUCUGUUUGAAAUAAGAAUUUGAAAUAUUCGUUCUUCAAAUCUCUUUGGAGUGUUCAUGUGUGAUUGCAAAGAGGUAUAAGAGGUGAAGGUAACCUUUUUCUCGUGUGUUAGUGUGUUUUUGAAUAAUAAAGUAGGUAGUGAAUAUCAUUGUAAACGGAUAGUUUCAUAAGUGAUAUUUACUGCGUAAUGUCUUGAGAUAUGUGAUUCAGAAGUUUUGAAAUAAAUAGGUGUUCAGUGUUGUGGAUUUAAUAUAUAAAAAAUCGCUGUAAGCUUCCUUUAGACUGUUCUAGCAUUAGUCAUGUUUAAAAGAUCAAGAGUAAAUUUUCUUAAUUUUUCGUAUCUUGAUCUACAAACGCUUAUUCAGUAUUACAUCUUUGAGGCGUAAUUCAGUUCUAGUAUUUUCUUUAUAAUUAGCGAAAUUUAGAAAAAAAAACAAGCAAAAUGCGCUGUCCUAUUCGGUUGUAAUUAUUUAUAGCAAAAUUAUAUUAAUCUCAAUCUAAAAAUUAAUAUAUAAUAUAGGAACGCGGUUACAUAAAAAAGGCAAAGGGAUAUUAUGAUUUAUAUUCCUGUAUGUUUUUUUAUAACAAGUUAAGGCUGUAGCUGGUAUAUUUUGGAUUUUGAAGCCAAUUUUAGUAUAGUUUUAGUAUUUAGAAUGUUGUAUUGUGAUAUUUUUAAUUUAGCCUUUAAUUUUUAAACGCAAAAUGUUAACUACUACUCAUGCUUUUCUUAGCUGUUUUACUACUAUUUGUUAGCUGUUUUUUCUUCCCAUUAUUAGUUAGUGUUUGAAUGUUUACGUUUUCUCAUAUUUUCAUUGAUUUUAUAAAACUGAUGAUAGUUAUUUAGAUUUUAGCUACCCAACACAUUCCAUAUAAUUUUAAUAGAGUGCCAUAGUUUUGUUUUUGAGCUUGUUUUUAAUUUACUGUUUACAUAAAACAGCUUACGUACAAGUUUUCCGUUACAAUUAUUAUUAUCCAUACUAUGUUCGUUCGUUUCCAUUUAAAUGAGUUGGUUUAUACAGAAACUAAGUUUUUUUCUCUCGUUCAUCUUUAAUAGUUCUGUAUAUUUACUUCUGAACACAAUUAUUACGUAAGAACCUAACAUGCAAAUAUAUUACUUGAAUGUUGUUUACUACUGGAUCUCUUAGUAGUAGUAGGAAGCAACUCAAAAUUACUAAAAUAUGAUUUGUGAACAAUGUACACACUUAAAUGUCUAGGUUAAUCUGUGCAUUACUAAGGGUACGUUACCUUAGUAUCUAAAGCACGAUUAUGUUUUGUUCUUCAGCCAUUCAAGCAUUUUACAGAUGAACUAGAAACUGUAUUUUAUUCAUAAAUAAUAUCCUAUGUAAUAUCAUUUAAUAGUUUCUUAUUUAUGUAAUAUUUUCAUUACCAGAAUACUGUAGAUUUAUGUACUUACCUGUAUUAUUGCCUUGACUGAGGGUUAUUCUGAAUACCUAAUGGAUAUUGCAGACAUAUCGACUUGGGAACGGAAAGUGCAUACAUCAUCUUUUUGUUUGCUGGGCUUACGAUGGAUUCUAAUAAAUAACUUUCUAGAAAAUCAUACGAUGAAUUCGUUCACAUGCAGAUAUGUCAGUGUUAACCAGAAUUAGAUCGAAAUUAUCGAAUCGGAUUAUCGGGAAAUGAAAAUGUAUCGAGACUUCAGAUUUUCAAAUAUACUGCAGUGCAGAUCUAUUAUUUAAUACAUUUGAAAAGGUGUACUUUUAAGUUUAAAAAAAUAUAUUAUCUUGCAUACUUUCAAUAGUCCUCGCUUAUUGUUGUAAACGAUCGAUUUUACACUUGUAAAAUUGAAAUUAUGUUUAAGUGCCUACCGGUAACUUGUAAAUUUUUGUAAGGUUAUAAAAAUUUGCAAGUCAUCUGGCUGUUAUUGUUAGGAUUCAAAGCAUGCUUCGAUACUUUAAUGCUAAAGUAAAAACUGUAUAGGAGACUAAUAUUCUUGUUUCAGACAGUCGGAACUCACUCUUACCCGUUAAUCUAAACUAUGGAAUGGAACCUUAAGCCAUGUCAUUUAUGUAACAUUUUAUUUUAAAUUAAUUUUAUGCAUGGUAAAACAGGGUAACAUGUAAUUUUACCCAAGGUAAAAUAUUAUUUUAACGCGAUUCGCCUCAGCGAAACAAAAAUUUAAUUAUGAUUUUGAUUACAAUUCACCAGACCAAAACGUUACAAUGAAUUUUACGUAGAUAUAUUUUGUGCAUAAUACUUACUAAAAUUAUUUUGGGGACCAUGGCUUUAAAAGUUUAUGUAUGAUUUGGCUAACUCGGUCGUUUUGUCACGAUGAAUUUGUAGUAUUAUUUCUGAUUUUCUUGCGCCCGCCAUACUAACUAACUGCAGAUUGUAAUGUAAUGUAGCUUAGAUUUAAAACCAUAAAUGUGAUUUAUAAAUAGAAUUAAAACUGUCUAUACUAGUGAGUGGGCAAAUAUUUUCAUUAGAAUAAUCUGUGUAUGGAUUUAAACGAAAAUAAAGUCAUGAAUUAACUGUUCUUAA